AAGCUGUAGGAGUCCAGGAUCCAGAGCAGAAAACAUUAACGUGUUUGGUGCUGGUGUUUGAAAUUUCCACUACUGCCCCAGGAUUCGGGGACACCAGGAGCGCCAUCGUCUCAUCCGGGGCCGCCGGGGGGCUGGGCAGCAUGGUGCCCUCCGGCCAGGCGAUGGAGAAGCAGGAGCCUGCGGAGCCGGGGCCGGACCCGGAGCUCAAGUCCUGGAGGUGCCUGGUGUUCUACCUGUGUUUCUACGGCUUCAUGGCGCAGUUGCGGCCGGGGGAGAGCUUCAUCACACCCUACCUCCUGAGCCCCGAUAAGAACUUCACUCGGGAACAGGUCACCAACGAGAUCACGCCGGUGCUGUCGUACUCGUACCUGGCGGUGCUGGUGCCCGUGUUCCUGCUGACCGACUACCUGCGCUACACGCCGGUGCUGGUGCUGCAGAGCGCGAGCUUCGUGGCGGCCUGGCUGCUGCUGCUGUUCGGCCGCUCGGUGCUGCACAUGCAGCUCAUGGAGCUGUGCUACAGCGUCACCAUGGCCGCGCGCAUCGCCUACUCCUCCUACAUCUUCUCGCUCGUGCGGCCCGCGCGCUACCAGCGCAUGGCCGGCUACUCCCGCUCCGCCGCGCUGCUCGGCGUCUUCACCAGCUCGGUGCUGGGCCAGCUGCUGGUCUCGGCCGCCGGCGUGCCCUUCUCCACGCUCAACUACGCGUCGCUCGGCCUCCUGUGCUGCAGCCUGCUGCUCGCGCUCUUCCUGCGGCGGCCGCGGCGCAGCCUCUUCUUCAACCGCGACGCCGCCGCGCGCCGCGGGGCCGCCGCCUCCGAGCUGGCCCGCAUGAACCCGGCCGCGGCGCGGGGCGCCUGGCGGGACUGGACGCCGGCGCGCAUGCUCCGGGAGCUGGGGGCCACCGCGCGCUCGCCGCAGCUGCGCCUCUGGUCCCUCUGGUGGGUCUUCAACUCGGCCGCCUACUACCUGAUCGUCUACUACGUGCACAUCCUGUGGAACGUGGUCCACCCCACGGCGGACAGCGCCUCGGUCUACAACGGCGGCGCAGAUGCUGCGUCCACGCUGCUCGGUGCCAUCACCUCCUUCUCCGCGGGCUUUGUGAAGAUCCGCUGGGCGCUGUGGGCCAAGCUGGUCAUCGCGAGCGUGACGGCGGCGCAGGCGGCGCUGGUGUUCCUCAUGUACAGCACCAGCAACAUCUGGCUGUGCUACCUGGCAUUUGUGCUCUUCCGCGGCGCCUACCAGUUCCUGGUACCCAUCGCAACUUUUCAGAUCGCAUCUUCUCUCUCUAAAGAGCUCUGUGCGCUGGUUUUUGGAGUGAAUACAUUCCUUGCCACCGUCCUCAAGACCAUCAUCACCCUCAUUGUCUCUGACAAGCGGGGUCUGGGCCUCCCAGUCCACUCACAGUUUUUCAUCUACUUCGUGUACUUCCUGGUGCUGUUUGGCGUCUACCUCUUGGGGGCCUUGGUGGUGGUCCUGCGGCAUUUCCGGGACGGCCGCCGUGCGCCCCAGCCCCCGGCGCUGAGCCCCGCGGAGGAGAAGGCCAUGCAGCCGCUGGCCGCCCAGGAGCAGAGCCUGCAGCCCGAGGCCAAAGCCUGACCUCUGGCCCCAGAGGCCACCACCAGGAUCCUCCACUUCUGGGGGCCUUGGCGUUUCGGGACAGACACCCCGUCCAUGUCCCCGCCCCUUGGUGUCAGCGAUCCAGGUGUCCGGCCUCAGUUACUUUCCAGGGUUCAGACUGUGGAACCAGUGACCAGCAGGGACCCUCCACAGCACCUCCCUGUGCCCUGCGCCCGGGGGCUAUCUGCCUCAGGAGGGGCCGUGGCUUGUCUUGCCGGGGCCCGAGGGUGGUGCCCUUCUGCCCUGCUUGGCACUCUGGUCCUGUCCCCUCGCCUGCUGGGACACUCAGGCAGCUGCUGGGACACUGGGGGCUGGGCUGUCCCCACCCACAUGUGGUGGGCAGUGGGGUUCACGUGCCUCCUCAUCGUCACCCCCCAACCUGGGAGGCGGGCUCUGCUUGUCCCUGGGGACCCUUGACUGGGUUGGGGACUCGGCCCGCAGCAUGAGGCUGGGAGCCGGACGUCCGGGCCCCGUUUUCCAGGUACCUGCCUUAGUGCUCUUCCUUUUUAAAAAAAAAUUAACCUGAAUGAGAAA